UGGCUUAUGAAACGGAUAUCAGUUGAGAAAAAAAGACCUGUAAGAGAAAUAAAACAAACAUGCGCAUGCGGCAUCCGUUCCUGACGUGGCGGCGCGAGACGCGCACUCAACUCCUCUCGUGGGCUGCCGCUAUUGGACGCGCACUGUCUAAUAAUGUUCAACUUGAGGGCGCAGGUGUCAAACCGAAACUACCCACAUGUAAAUAUCAUGCUCAGUUUUCAAGGCAAUGCUUACAGAACGCAUAACAAACUGAGAGUUUCGGUGAGCUCUUCCUGUUAUCAAGUUAAAAAAAAAAAAGUCUGACGAUAGUGAAUUCUGUUUAUUCAUUGAACUUCUUGUAUAAGUGAUGCCUCACAUCACGUCAGGUGUGAUCAUGCAGCUGACGCUCCUGCUGUCAGCUCUACCUGCGCAGUAUCUCAUCUCCAAAUGGACAAGCGGCACCGAGACACAACGACACAUCGCCACUCAGAGAAUCCUUGAAACAUGGGACUCCAUAAGAAAAUCCUACUUGAACACAGCUGCUUGGGUUGACUGGCUAAAUACCUGGAUUCCCAAACUACCGUCCUUCGGAGAGGAAGAGGAGCAGUACCAAACUCUGGAAGAUGCAAACGCGAUCGAGCUGAUGAUGCAUGACAAUGAGAAAGGAUACUUUGCAGUGUCAAAGGAGGUGCGAAGCCCCAGGCCGGCAUAUGUGCUGCACCGUGUAGGUCAAGUUGUGAUGGAGACACAGAAUCAGAUGGUGGGGGUGAUCAUGGGAUGGGAUGCAGGACUCAGAGCCCCACCAGAGUGGAUCAAGAGAAAGAAAUACUCAGAUGCCGAGCUGGAGAGAGCCAUGGACACUCCUCAUUACAGAAUUAUGUUCACUGGACCUGAUUCUUCAUCAGUACUGAUUGGAUACAUUCCCCAGUAUAAUAUCAAGCUCUUUCAAGGCUUUCAGCCGGACAUUCCUAGAUUCCUAGAGCACUACUUUUCACACUUUGAUGGGGAAAAGUUUGUUAUGGAGGAAUGGUUGCAAGAAAUCUACCCUGACGACUGAAGGAGUGAAAACUUGAGAGAAGUUUUAAAAACACUUUGAAAUACCUGGAAACACGUAUGAUGUCUGCUACCCUUUAUUGACAGUAUUAUUUCUUUUAAAGCAAGGGGGGGCUUUAACGGUUUUGGGGGGGCAACAACAAAGACAAAUGGAAGCAAGUAAAUUUGAGAGAUAUGUCGUUUACAUACCACAUACAUUGUGGAAUAUAUGUAAAUAUAGCCUAUGUUAAGCAGCUUUCUCAGGGCAGUACUAAACAACACAAAAUGCUAUAUUUAAUAUCACUUUUAUAUUUUUAAAAUGAUUAAUGUCUUGCACACUUUGCAAAAGAUAUGUAAAGUUGUGAGGAAAAUGACUGAUGUUAAAAAUCAAUUAUAGAUUAAAUGAAAUGUUUUGUAAUAUGCAUUUCGAUCAAAAUCCACACAUGUUGAUCUGACUCAGAUGAGUUCCAGAAAAUGAAUGAACUUAACUUACAGUUAAUAUUAUAGGCUAUAGCCUGUUUAUUUACAUGAGAAAAACAGAAGGAUUUGUUGUUUAAAACAGUAUUGAGAAUGUGGUAAACACUGUUCAAAGUAAAGCCAUUAAAACAAACAUGA